AUGCCGUCGGUUGAGGACUUGCAGCGGGCGAUAUGCGCGGAGAGGGAGCGGCACCAGCAGGUGAUGGAGUCGAUGGAGCGGCAGCGAGACACGCUGCAAAGCUUGCUUGAUGAUCAGAAGCAGGCGUUCCAGGACCUCAUCUCGCGGGUGACACGGUUGCGCGUCGCAAAGGGUGAGUACCUCGCCGCGGAGACCGACGGCACGCUGAAGGAGGUGAAGUUCGACACCGGCUGCGAGGCGGUGGACAACCUGCUCUACGACAUACAAGACGGUGUGAAGGAGGCGGUGCUCACAGAUGGUAUCCUGCUCACAAAGCUCAGCACUGCCGCCACGCAGGCCGUCACACCGAGUUCAGCGAGACGGCCAUCCACUCCGUCUGUCCCUUGCCCGUCAACGCGCAGCACCAGCAUCGCUGUUGUGCUGCGCAACGAGAUACGUGCAACUCAGCCGUGGGCGCAGAAGCACUAUAAGAAGUGUGGGGCGUGCGAUGCGAAACGGGCGAGGCUGCAGCCGUGGGAGCAGAUAGACGAGAAGGCCGUUGGGCUGGCGGCACUGCCGGACCUACGCCACAUUCCUGGGAAGAGUUUUUACAAGGGCUCCCUUCGGUUCCUGCGGGAGCGGAGUGGAGAUCGCACACUCCACGUGCUGCGGGUCUCUCUUGUGAUGCAGGUCAAAGCUGCCAAUGGCGGCCGCAUCGUCGAUCCUGCGGCGACCGCCGUGCAGAUGACACAGGUCUUCACGAAGUGGAUCGCGAACGAACUCACGAACGCGAAGGAGGUGGCGAGGAAAGCCCCGUGGAACGAAAAGGCCACAGAGAACUUGAUGCUCUCCGGCGCAGUGGAGAUGUUGUUGCACUCCCUCGACGCGCGCGUUUGUGUCACAGCAGCGCCGCCAACAGCGGUGCGUACGGCCGCAGCGGCGUGCACCCCGCUGAGCGUCGAUGUCGCGAUCACCACACCGACGCACGUCCCUACCAUUACACCGUUCAUUGCGUUACUGGCCGAGGCUGAGCAGCGGGCGUACAUCGUCAAGUACAUUGUGCAUCCCAUCGCCGAACGCAUUGGCAAACUCGUUGGCAUGCCAGAGACCGUUUCGAAGUACACGACAACCGCCUUCAAUGCUCUCGACGCGCUGUAUCGCAUGGCCCAGCGCGAGGGAGUGGUAGAGGAGCCGCGAAAGAAAUCCCCCAAGCGAGCAAAGCCCACGCUGCUGGAUACCACCUUUCAGAAGGUGCGCGCCAUCCUGCUCGCGCUGGCGGUGUUUGACACUACUGUGGAGAUCGACUGCGCGUGCCCGCGACUCGACGAUGUGAAGGAUGUUUCCAGCGCAAAGAAAAGUGUCUUGAGUCUCGCAAGGAGUUUCCUGCGGUGGCUCACCGCGCCGGUGCCGUACACGAUGCCGGCGGUGGAUGACCCGAAAUGUGCUAAUCUCGUUGUGCGGGUGCUGCGGGCGCCAACGCUCUUUUUGGAGAUUCUUAACAGCGCUUUCAGCAGCAACCGUCGCCUGCCGUCGGCCUCACGCGUUGGCGUCGUCGACUACCUCGCGUCGCCGAAGUCAAAGAUACGGUACGGGCUCAAGUUCUUUUCGGAACUCGUCGUCGAUGUCUACCGGCCGUACGCGCCAAACACGGGUGUCAUCAUCGCGGAAGAGAAGGGUAAGAGCGGGAAGCCAAAGGCGUCGAGGUGCACGCCCGUCACGGACUUGCCACGUGACAUUGUGCGUGCCAACGUAGAGGUGGCGGUGCAGGCGAAGGAAAUUAUGCAGAAGCUACAUGCGCUGCAGCAGCAGGCGGCCGAUGAGACGGACGUGGAGCGGCGCGGGAAGGAGGUUGUCCACCGUGUCCUUGAGGAGGUGCACGAUGACGCACUCUGCGCUGCGCUGGUGAAGGACCUCGAGGGUCUGCAGAUAGAGGUGGACGAGCUGACAUCGGUGUGUGUGGAUGUAUGGCUACCGUUCGGCUUUGACUUUGCAGAGACAGUGGAUUCUUCAGGGGAGCUCUUGUACCUCCGCGUCCAAGGUCUUCGUCAAUCGUAA